AUGCCCCGGUUGUCUUAUUUUAUAAGGAAAUGCAAAGGGAAGGAAGGAGAAAAAAUAAACGAGCAUGAAGAAGUAGAAAUUUUCAGUAUUUUAAACGAAGACAAUUGUUAUUCAUCUGACCAGUUCGAUGUAGACAGCCACGUCGAAGAGAAUUGGAACUAUUCCAUAUUACAAGAUAAUCAAAAAAAUAAAAAUAGGCAAGUGAGUAAUUUCAGUGAGAAAAAUGGUAGUAAUGUCAGAAAUUAUUUACAUACUCUAAGCCAUGACCAAAAGGAGGAAUGUCCAAAUGGAAAUGGAGAGACAUCUACUUUUGAGAAAGGAUCAUUUGAAAGGUUGAGUAAAAUGUGUCCGUAUGAAGAAGAGCCUCCGGAUAAGAGACAGGACGGAAUUUCAAAUGAAUCAAAUAACAAAUCGAACAAAUGGAUAAGCACGCAAAGGAAUUGUAAACGUGAGAAUUCUGCUGUAAGUGAUGCAAAAGAACAACUGAUUAAAAAUACAAGGGAAGAAACCCUAAACAACAUCCUCUUGUCCAAGAAGUCACACAUUUUCCAUAGCAUUAAAAUAUUAACGCCAAAGACAAAUGGAAAAAAUGCUUAUUGUAAAACAAAGGGGAAAAGUAGUGAUGUAGCUGCGAAUGGAGGAAAGAGAGAAACAAUGAUCGAAGGAAGAACCGUGUCGGAACUAAAAAUAAGCGAGUGUGCAUACGACGCAGAUGGCAAUGACAACCAUAUCAACGAGGAAUUUAUUCGUAAAAAUAAGAAACGAAGGACAUCUCUAAAUAAUAUAUACACAAAUUUUACAUUGUAUGAAAAUAAAGUAAAACAAAUAGAAAAAAAGAAAAAGAAAAUAAAAGGACAAAAAGGAGAAAAAGAAGGAAAAGAAGAAAAAGAAGAAAAAGGAGAAAAAGGAGAAAAAGGAGAAAAAGAAGAAAAAUAUGACAUUUUGUUUACGAAACAUAAGUUAUUAACAUAUAUAGAGUCAUUAAAAAAACAUGUACAUGUAUCAGAGUUGUAUAAUGACAUUUUAGGAAGUAUCAAUUAUUUCAACAAAUUAAAAGUGAGAGAGGCAUAUCAUUCCUUAAGGGAUAUAUAUAUAAAAAAAUAUGCAAACAGUAAAGACGCAAAGAUAAAAAAAUUUCAUGAAAAUGUUUUUGUUAGUGAAAUAUUUUAUCGAUACAAAAUUAUGAAAAAAAUUGAACAUAUAUUUAAUAUAUAUGUUAAAGAUACAUGGGAUGAUUUUCUCAAUUAUUCAGUUAUAUCAAAGAGGGUAUAUAGAAAUUUUAUUUUUGAUUAUUUAAUUGAUCUAGACGAUGUUAACGGUACCAUGCCUUUUUCAAAAUAUACAAAUCCUCUAAGUGGUAACAGUAAUGAGUUUUUAUCCUCCUUUACAUCACAAAUUUCAGAAGAAUAUAGGAAUGACAACUCAGAUGUAGAGGAAUAUGUUUCAGAUGAAAAGUGCUCAUCCUACUGCAGUAAGGAGAAAGUUGAAGCUAGUGGAGAAACCGAACAGGAAGAUGAACUAAAAAUUAAUCACGAUGGUGUAAAAGGUAAAAAGUUGAAAAAAAAGAAAAAUACACAAAAAAGGGAAAACAAAAGAAAACACACAGAGACAAAGCGUAUAACCAAUAAGUAUAUCGAUUAUGGACAUUUCCAUCUAGCCUAUGAUGACGAGGAUGACAAUGAAGUAUACUAUUUUGUGACGAAAAAGGAAUUUAAUUUAUUCAAGCAGAUUUGUUCUAGGAAGUUUGGGGAUGAACAACUCCUGAGUAUGGAAGAGAAGGAAAUAGACGACAUGUUUGCUAAACAUGAGGUGGAAGAUAACUCCGAUCAGUUUCAAACGGCUGAAGAGGAUGAUGAGGAGAAAUUCGAAGAGAUGUAUGAAGAGAAACGUGAAAUGACACGUGAUAUGAAAUGCAAAGCGAAACGUGAAGCCAAGAAGAGAUACACACGUAAUAAGAAAUGUAAAGACAAGUCGAAAAAAUCAUUGAGCAAAAGCAAUCUAACAUAUGGGGAUGCUAACGAAGUAUAUAUUGGAUUAGGAAGGAAUGAAGAAAAAGAAAAAAGUGACAUGAAUACAGUAAUAUAUUUCUACGUCAAUUUAUUGAUCCCUUCCAAUUUUAUUUAUGUUAUUGCUGCCAUGAUUGAAAGCACUCUGUUCAAGUCUUGGAUUCCCUUUUACUCCUUUCCCUUCAAAUUCGGUAUUAGUGAAUGCAAAACUGUGAAGGAGCGAGGGAUAAUAGACAAAAUAGUUUACACAAGAAUUGCAAUGCCUUGGAUUAUCAAGGAUAGGUUUCUCCUAAUGGAUAUAUGGAUAUGUGAAGAUUUCAAAUUCUCAAAAGGAAUAUUUUUAUACGCUUCCAAUUUCCCGAAGAGCUCCGAAAAUAUGAAGAACUUAGUGUUGGAUACGGAUGGCUGCAUGGAAAUUGAUAUGACGAUCCAUGCUUUUAUCUCACCGAAGUCCAUCGAGCAGACCUUCGUUAAGUGCUACGUCGAAAUAUCGCCCAACAUAAAUCUGAGUGAAAUUUUCAUAUCCUUUUUGACAAAGGUUUUCAUCAAAAGCUGUAUAUCUCAUUUCGUCAACGCAUGCAAAAAUUUCCAGUUCAACGAAGAAUAUGCUAAUGAAUUGCACAAGAGUGACUUAUUUUAUGACCGCUUACGAAAAGCGGCAGAAGAGUGUAAUAUAUAUCACACAUAA